AUGUGUGUCUAUCAAGACGUGGGACGAUCCUCAUCCCAAAUUAAGGCCAUUACAGGUGCUGACUGCAGCCCAAUAACAAUCAGACGACAUCUGCGAAGGAAGGGCUUCAAAAACAAAAAACGUCUUCAAAGGCCACGUCUCCUUCAAUGCCACAAAAUUGCCCGUUUGGGCUUUGCGAGGGAGCACCAAACAUGGGACCUUCAAAGGUGGAAGAAAGUUUUAUUCUCUGAUGAGAAAAAAUUUAACCUCGAUGGUCCUAAUGUCUUCCAAUGCUACUGGCAUGCCAAGGAGAUGCCACCUGAGAUGUUUUCUAUGCGACACAGUGGAGGGGGCACCAUCAUGAUCUGGGAUGCUUUCUCCUUUAAUGGAACAGUGGAGCUCCCGGUUGUGCAGGGGCGUCAAACAGCAGCUGGCUAUGUGGAGAUGUUGCAGCGGGCAUUCCUCAUGACUGAGGGCCCUCGUCUGUGUGGCAAUGACUGA